AUGCGAGAGUACUACUGUUACAAGUUCCAGAUUCGAUCUACCGAUAAUGUGCUUUUGUUCGGUGGUAGGCUGCUACAGCAGUUUGUGGUUGAUGUUUACAUCAAAAUUGAGACGUCACGCUUAGAAUUUUGUGAGAGAAACCAGGCUAAGAUUCGGGCCGAAUUGUACCAAGGUAUUGUGGAUUGCGUCAAUACUGGUGAGGUUCAUGCAAACAGAGUCGGGAAAAGAAUUGUGUUGCCUGCAUCUUUCAUCGGGGGGCCUCGCGACAUGCGACGUCGGUUUCUAGACGCGAUGACGUUAGUUCAAGAUGACGGCAAGCCUGAUGUAUUCCUUACAAUGACAUGCAAUCCUAAGUGGCCUGAGAUAUGUGAUAACUUACAUGUUGGUCAAACUGCUACAGAUCGUCCAGACCUUGUUUCAAGAGUGUUCCGGGCUAAAUUAGAAGAUCUUAAGGAUCAACUCUUCAAGAAACAUGUCCUCGGGGAAGUUAAGGCAUACGUCUAUGUCAUUGAAUUUCAAAAGCGGGGUUUGCCGCAUGCACAUUUUCUCCUAAUCAUGUACCCGCAACACAAGAUCAAUAACGCGGACCAUUAUGAUAAGGCUGUGUGUGCUGAAAUUCCUAACAAACUAACACAUCCCAGAUUGCAUGAGAUGGUUGUCAAGCACAUGAUUCACGGUCCUUGCGGCAAUUUACGAUCAAGCAGUCCUUGUAUGCAGGGUGAUCCUAAAAUUUGUCGUUUUCACUAUCCUAGACAAUUUAACGAACAGACGACACAAGGAGAAGAUUCGUAUCCGUUGUAUCGAAGGAGAGACACCGGGAUAGAAGUGGACCUACGAGGACAAACACUUGAUAAUAGAUGGGUGGUCCCAUAUAACCCAAGGCUUUUGAUGAUGUUUAACUGCCACAUGAAUGUUGAAGUUUGCUCAAGUAUAAAAUCUGUGAAAUAUCUUUUCAAAUAUGUUUAUAAAGGACAUGACAAACAGGUUAUUCAAGUCGAUCAAAGUGAGCCAGGGGUUGUUAUUAAUGAGAUAAAAAGAUUUCAAGAUGCACGCUACAUAUCGCCCCCAGAAGCUAUGUGGCGCAUUUUUUCCUUCUCUCUUUCUCAAAUCUUUCCUGCUGUUCUAGCCUUACAACUUCAUCUCCCAAAUAAUCAGAUGGUUAGAUUUAGAGAUGAUGACUUGAUGCCUAAUAUUGUUGAUAGGGAAAGGGAUAAGAGAACCAUGCUAACAGCAUUUUUUGAGAUAAAUAGAAACGAUGAAACAGCAAGGGUACAUUUGUAUAAAGAUUUUCCAAAACACUUUACGUGGAAUGGAAGCACACGCCGUUGGAGUCGUCGUUUCGGUAAAAAACAAAGAGGUCGUAUCGUUUCCGCUAAUCCAACCGAAGGAGAAAGGUACUACUUACGCCUACUUUUGUCAAAUGUCAGAGGGCCUACUUCUUUUGAACAUCUUUGCACAGUUAAUGGUCAACAGUGUGCGACAUUUCGGAAAGCAGCUCUUGAGUUAGGCUUAAUAGAAGACGAUGAAUAUCUAUCACAAUGUCUCGAAGAAGCCUCUACGUUUCAGUUUCCCAAUGCUCUUAGAAGGUUAUUUGCGACCAUAAUGAUUUUUUUGCCAACCUGGAGAUAUUCGAAAGUUAUGGAAUGA